GAAGCCAUUUUCUGCCUAUGGCGUCGCGGAUUUUUGUGGAGAUUAGAAGAAUCGAGUUUAUAAAAGUAAACAAAUAUCCAAGAUGUCAGCCCCCGUAAGAUUCGAUGGUAGAGUUGUUUUAGUUACUGGUGCAGGGGGAGGUCUUGGUAGAGAAUAUGCCUUGGCAUUUGCCGAACGAGGCGCAUCUGUUGUUGUUAAUGACCUUGGAGGUGAUAUGAGAGGUGAAGGUCAGGGGUCAAGAGCGGCUGAUGUAGUUGUUAAUGAAAUUAAAAGUAAAGGAGGAAAGGCUGUAGCUAACUAUGAUUCAGUUGAAGAUGGAGAAAAAUUAAUACAAACAGCUUUAGAUGCCUUUGGGAGAAUAGAUGUGGUUGUCAACAAUGCCGGUAUUCUAAGAGAUAAGUCAUUUGCAAGAACGAGUGAUCAGGACUGGGAUCUAAUACACAGAGUACAUCUGAGAGGAUCCUUCUUAGUAACAAGAGCAGCAUGGCCACAUAUGAAGAAACAAAAUUAUGGAAGAAUAAUAAUGACAGCUUCAGCUGCUGGUAUCUAUGGAAAUUUUGGUCAAGCUAAUUACAGUGCAGCUAAAUUAGGGUUAUUAGGAUUAAGUAAUACAUUAAGUAUUGAAGGAAGAAAGAACAAUAUACAUUGUAAUACUAUUGCUCCUAUAGCAGGCUCUAGAUUAACGGAAACAGUAAUGCCUUCAGAAAUGGUUGAAGCAUUAAAACCAAUAUAUGUUUCUCCCUUGGUUUUAUAUCUAUGUAAUGAAGAAACUGAAGAAAAUGGUUCAUUGUUCGAAGUUGGUGCAGGAUGGAUUGGAAAAUUAAGAUGGCAGAGAACAGAAGGUGCUAUUGUCAGACAAAAAGGUCAAAACACCACACCAGAACAAGUCAGAGCUAACUGGGAUAAAAUUACAGAUUUUGAUCAUCCUACUUAUCCAAAAACAAUUCAAGAUUCGACAAUGUACACUAUGAAGAUAUUAGAACAAAUAGAAUCCAGUGCAUCAUCAUCAUCAGACUCACCUAGAACUACUUUUAAUGCUUAUACUGGUGGUAUGAAUGCUGAAUUAGCCAAGUCUUUUACUACUAAACCUAGUCAGUUUUCCUAUACAGCUAGUGAUGCUAUAUUAUAUGCUUUAGGAGUGGGUAUGUCAACAAAAGAAGAGAAUUAUUUAAAGUUUUUAUAUGAAGGAGCUGAUGAUUUUAGUAUUUUACCUACAUAUAUUGUUAUACCAUCUAUGGGUAGUUUAACUGAUAAUUUAAUGGAAGGUAUACCAGGUGUAGAUGCUCCUCUAGCCAAUGUAUUACAUGGAGAACAAUAUUGUGAAGUAUAUAAACCAUUCCAGCCAUCUGCUACAUUGACAUCUAAAGUUCAAGUAUUAGAUAUAUUAGAUAAGCGUUCUGGAGCUGUUAUUAUAUAUAAUGUUGAUACAUUUGAUGAGAACAAUGAAAAAGUUGCUUUCUGUCAAUUUGCUAUAUUUGUGGUUGGUAAGGGUAAUUUUGGUGGAGUAAGGACAUGUGAGGGUAUUAAACAACCUAUUGAGGCACCAAAACGUCAACCAGAUUCAUCCAUUAAAGAAAGCACUUCAAUAGACCAGGCAGCAUUAUACAGAUUAAGUGGAGAUCGUAACCCUCUUCAUAUUGAUCCAAAUUUUGCUGCAAUGGCUGGAUUUAAAACACCUAUCUUACAUGGUUUAUGUAGUUUUGGGUUUGCUGUACGUCAUGUCUUACGUCAGUAUGCUAACAAUGAUGUGUCUCUGUUUAAAGCUGUCAAGGCACGAUUUGCUAAGCCAGUUUUACCAGGACAAACCCUUCAAACUGAUAUGUGGAAAGAUGGAAAUCGAAUUUUCUUCCAAACUAAGGUUGUCGAGAAUAGUAAUAUAUGUAUAUCUGGAGCAUAUGUUGAUCUAAAAGAUACAGUAUCUUUCACAGAAACCUUGAAACCAGCAAUGUCUACUGGAUCUCAACUACAGAGUGAUGAUGUCUUUGAAAGGUUAUCAAAGGAAAUUAGCCAGCGUAAAGGGCUAGCGGCAAAGAUAAAUGCAAUUUUUCUAUGGAAUAUAACAAAAGGUGGAAAGCAAGCUUCACAAUGGACUGUUGAUAUGAAGAGUAGUAAAUCAGGAGAGAUAUAUCGUGGUGAACCUAAAGGAAAGAAAGCUGACUGUACAUUAACAGUUGAUGAUGGUAAUAUGGUAGAUAUAACUACUGGUAAAUUACCAGCACCACAGGCAUUCAUGACUGGUAAAUUAAAGGUCAAAGGUAACAUCAUGCUUGCUCAAAAACUUGGGCAACUUUUCCAGGAAGCAGCCAAAAUGUAAACAAGAUUGAACCAUUAAAUCUAUUUUGUUAUAUUUAUCUGUAAAUUAUUUAAGCAUUUAAUUUUGUCUUAUAAAACUUUAUAAAUAUGCCUCUAAAAUUAGUUAAUUAUAUAAAAUUAUUUUCUUUAAAUUCUGAGCUAAAUUAUAAAAGACACCAUAUUUUGGGUCUUUAUGUUUACAAACUAAUGGUGAUUAAAAAUACAUGGUGUAUUUUAGUCCAAAUAAAUUUCUACAUAAAAAUGAUAAUUAAAGGGUUGCAACCAAUAAAACUUGUAUAAAUCAUUUCUACUUAGUUAUACCCUUAUUAUGUAAUAUGUUUAAUAAACCUUUUCAUUAAUUCAUAAAUGUAAUAAAGCUUUAAAAUAAUUAUAUAUCAUUGAAAAAUUGAAUAAAUUCUUUGAAACAGUAAUGUGAUAAUUACAACAAAACCAGUUACAAAUUUGAUGUACUAACUGUGAAAUAUAAAAAUUAUUAAUGUUUUUUUAAUGUGAUGAAUUGUUUGUUAAUGUAAUCCAUUAAGGUGAUGACUGUUUUAGUAUGUAAUACAUUAAUACAUGCAGUUUAUAAUUUUAUAAGAAUACUAAAUGUUAUUGCUCACAAUUAUAGACAUAAAAUUUCAUAUAAUUGGUGUAUGGUCUUUUUUGUGGCAAUUAUGUGGACAGGGGGCAAUGGGGGGUGUGUGUCAAAAAGGCCCUGGAUAUAUGAUGCAGCCAUGAUUAUUAUCAUUAUUCGCCCUGUCCAUAGGGCCACCUUUACUUGUAUUAACUGUAAGUACCGUAUAAAGUUAUAGUUUUGACUGAUUUUACUCAAAUCUACCAAGGUAGAAUAGUGAAGAUAGUACCGGUCCCUGUUGUAUUUUGAAAUAUUUGUUCUAUUCAACAGAAUUCAUUUCUUCACUGAUCCCGUCUUCAUUAGCCCCGUCUGAGCAGAACAGUAAAACGUUAAACCCCAUUUCAUUUCUUUACGAAAAACUUUGGACUAGUGUAUAAGGGUAUUUGUCUUCGUAUAUUAGGGUAUUUGUCAUUGCACUAUUUCACAAAAGUAAGUUAAAAGUAAAUUAAAUAUAGAUAGAAACACAAAUCACAGAUUAAUGAGUAGUUUAACAAUAGAAUAGCACUAGUAAUCCAAAUGGGGACAUCUCACUGUCCCCACAUCUAUUGUUCAGAAUCUGGGUCCACCAGGCCAUGACUAAUUAAUUAACAAAGGGGACUAAUUAAUUAACAAAGGGGAUUUAAAGUAUAGUAAAAAGUUUGUGACACUUCAACAAAAUGAUUUAAACAAUAUUUAGUGAAAAAGAUUACAUGUAAA